AUGGUUAUGGAUCCUUUGAGUGGAAGUAAACAUAAUGAUGAUACCAUUUCGAUUCUCUCGAAUGUGAACCUUGUUGACGGGUUCAAAUUUGAAAAUCCGUUAAUAGAUACACACUCUUUGGAUCCUCCUCUGCUUCCCACUGAUCCAAAUCCAAGUAAUUUGGUCACAAAUGUGAUCAGCCAUCAGCGAGAAUUGUGUGAGGACGUUGAUUUUAGUGAUGCAGUACUCAAGUACAUAAGUCAGAUGCUUAUGGAGGAAGAUAUGGAAGAGAAAAUUUGCAUGUUUCAGGAGUCUGCACUUCAAUCUGCGGAGAAAUCAUUCUAUGAGGUUCUUGGAGAGAAGUACCCUCCUUCACCCAAGCACCAACACCCACCUUUUUUGGAUCAAAAUUUUGAGAGCCAAAACGAAAACCAGACUGGUAAUUAUAGAGAAUGCAAUGAUUCUGGCUGGAAUGUCAUUAACAACUUGGAAGAUCCUUGCUGGGAUUGCUAUUCAGGGAGUACUCCCGUGGACUGGACAUCACAAUCAUCAUUCAGCUUGACAAGCAGCGGGGCUAAAAUAUUAGAUGGUUUUGUUGAUUGUCCAGGAAGUAGACAUGGGUUUCCUGAUUGUGAGAGCAAAUCUACUAUGCAAUUCAGGAGAGAGAUUGAGGAAGCAAGCAAGGUUCUCCCGAAAGACAAUGAUUUGUUUGUUAAUUUCAGUAGUAGUCAGUUCACUCAGUUGUUGCCCAAUGAGCCAGAGGAAGAAGCUAACGCUGUGGUAGUGGAGGUUGAGAAGCAUGGGGAUCAGUACUCCUUUGAUGGGUCACAGGGAAGGAAGCAUCCUCUUCGUGAGGACGGGGAUUCAGAGGUGGAGAGGAGCACCAAACAGUCAGCUGUUUGUACUGAAUCAACUGUGAGAACAGAAAUGUUUGAUAUGAUGUUAUUGUCUAUUAGAGAGAAAGGUAUGCCUGCACUCCGUGUAGCCUUGCAGGAUAGACUCUUAAAAAAUAUGAGUCCAAAUGGUCGACUAAAGGGAUCGAAUGAUAGAAAGGGACAGAAAAUGAAACGAGGAGCAGAGAGGGAUAUGGUGGAUUUGAAAACUCUUCUAAUCCUCUGUGCAGAAGCAGUCGCAGUUAAUGAUCGAAAGAAGGCGAAUGAGCUACUGAAACAUAUCAGAGAACACUCUUCUGCUACUGGAGAUGGGAUGCAGAGACUGGCCACCUAUUUUGCAAAUGGCCUUGAAGCACGUUUAACUGGUUCUGGAAGUCAGAUUUAUGCUAAAUUUUUUGCCAGGAAACUAACAGCUGCUGAGAUCUUGAAAGCUCACUAUCUCUUUUUUGCCGUGUGCCCAUUUUGGAAGGUCACUAAUUUCUUCUCAAGCAAGACAAUUUUGCAUGCAGCUGAGAAAGCAACAAGGCUCCACAUUAUUGAUUUUGGAAUUUCCUAUGGUUUCCAGUGGCCUUCCUUCAUAGAACAGCUCUCAGCUAGAGUGGGUGGGCCUCCAAAGUUACGGAUUACCGGGAUUGAUCUUCCACUACCGGGUUUCAAAGCAACAGAAAUGAUUGAGGAGACAGGGCGUCGCUUAGCAAAUUAUGCAGAGAGUUUUAAUGUUCCGUUUGAGUUCAAUGCUAUAGCGAAAAAAUGGGAAAUGGUUCAAAUGGAUGAUAUCAAGAUUGACAGGGAUGAGGUGCUCGUGGUGAACUGGAUGUUUCCAUGUAGAAGCCUACUAGAUGAGACUGUUAUGUUUAAGAGCCCAAGGGAUAUGGUUCUUAACCUAAUAAGGAAGAUGAAUCCAGAUGUAUUUAUACAUGGUGUUUUAAAUGGUAACCAUGGUGCUCCCUACUUUCUCAAGCGAUUUCGAGAGGCUGUCUUCCACUAUUCUUCUGUGUUUGAUAUGUAUGAAACUACUGUGCCCCGGGAGAUUCCAGAGAGGAUGCUGAUUGAAAGGGAUAUAGUUGGGAUAGAGGCAAUGAAUGUCAUUGCAUGUGAGGGCUUUGAGAGGAUUGCAAGGCCAGAAACAUAUAAGCAGUGGCAAAUUCGAAAUAUUAGAGCUGGGUUUAGGCAGCUCCCUUGGAACAAGGAGAACAUUAGGGUAGCAAAGGACUUUGUGACUUCAGGUUACCACAAGGAUUUUUUAUUUGAAGUAGAUGGCCAAUGGUUGCUGCAAGGAUGGAAGGGUCGAAUUCAUAGCGCUCUGUCUGUUUGGAAGCCUCUUAAUUAA